GUUUCAGACAGCUUCAGCCAUUCAGCUGCAAACGCCUUCUGGAUUUGAAUACAAGUACCGAUUCAAGUUAAUGUUCACAGCAUGCAUUUUGUUAAUGAAAGGCAUCACGCGUAUAAACUUCAAGAUCUGACAUGACAUGGCAAUAAAAGUAACCUGAUGAUCAAGGCAAAACUCACUGAGAUGAAACUUCAUUUGAAACCAUGUGAUUGUAGUUCUUGUUUUGCUGUCAGCACAUAGGACAUGCCACCUAUGGAUCGUAUACAUAGAUUCAGCCCGCCUCUCUACAAACAGUACCAAUAAAUGAUUGACGGAGCUCUCCUUAUACCAAGCACAAUGAACAACUCACUCUUCCAACAUACUCAGACAUUCAAUGUAAGUGUGAUAAGCAAGAACUACAGUGGACUUACUGGGAAGAACAAAUCAUCAUCAUGUGAGCAAGUAGUUAUAGCAACUGAAGUGUUCCUGACCUUGGGCAUUAUCAGCCUCCUUGAGAACAUACUUGUCAUUUCUGCCAUAGUUAAAAACAAGAAUCUGCAUUCGCCUAUGUAUUUUUUUGUGUGUAGUUUAGCUGUGGCUGAUCUUUUAGUCAGUAUGUCUAAUUCUUUAGAGACCGUCAUCAUGUCUAUGCUAAACAAUGGCCAUUUAAUAAUGGAAGACGCUUUCGUGCGUGAUAUGGACAAUGUGUUUGACUCCAUGAUUUGCAUAUCUGUGGUGGCAUCUAUGUGCAGUCUUUUGGCAAUUGCAGUAGACAGGUAUGUCACUAUAUUCUACGCACUGCGUUACCACAACAUCAUGACCAUGCGACGAGCUGGAAUCAUUAUUGCUGUUAUAUGGACCUUCUGCACUGGUUGUGGCAUUAUAUUCAUCCUUUAUUAUGAAUCAACUUCUGUCGUCAUCUGUCUUAUUACAAUGUUCUUUACUAUGCUAAUCCUCAUGGCCUCUUUGUAUAUCCAUAUGUUUCUCAUGGCUCGUUCACAUGCUAAACGAAUUGCUGCUUUGCCUGGCUAUAAUUCCAUUCACCAGAGAACCAGUAUGAAGGGUGCCAUCACACUGACUAUAUUGCUUGGCAUUUUUAUUGUCUGCUGGGCCCCAUUUUUCCUCCAUCUUAUCUUGAUGAUCUCAUGUGCUCAGAAUCUCUACUGCAUCUGUUUCAUGUCGCACUUUAACAUGUACCUUAUCCUAAUCAUGUGCAACUCAGUCAUUGACCCUUUGAUUUAUGCAUUCCGGAGCCAAGAAAUGCGGAAGACCUUUAAGGAGAUCAUGUUUUGCUACAAUCUGAGAGUAAUCUGUGGACUGCCUAGCAAAUAUUAGUUGUCCUCUAACAACAAAUGUUUAUACUUCAAAUGGAAUCCAUCACAACUUGCACAAUUUUCCUUUCUAAAAUAUGCAGGAAAGAAUGCUUCAAGUUUUUAGACUUUUAUGAAGCGGUCUAUAUUCCUCAAAAGUGCUCGGUUUGUUAUUACUGAAGAUAAACUUUUGAGAAAAAAUAUCAGGCAAUUGCAUUGUGUUAAUCAUCUGAGCUGUCACAGCAGUACUGACUGAACUGACUGCUGGACAUUUGUACUCCUUUACUUUAUUUUUUUCACUGCCUGUUAAUAUUUGUGAUGUUUUGAUCUGACUACUGAGUACUAUUUGCAGUGAGACAUAGCAUACACAUCAACUGAAAUUUGGUAUGACUUUUAUUUGUAACAGUACCUGUUUAUAUGGAUUUAAGAGUAUUAAAUGGAUUGAUGAAUUCCUGAUCUCUCUUUUAUUUUAUGUUUUAGUCUUUAACUCCCUAAAUGAUUAAAUAAUAAUCUUAGAACUGGAUUCUUCUUGUUAGAAAAACCGUCAAUCAAAAUGAAGAAUUUUACAUUUGCUGCUUAUAGUGUAAUUAACAACAUUCUGUCUAGAAAGGUUUUUUUUUGCAUUAAAAUAAUGUCAAAAGCUACUAAUCUACUGCUUUGAAAUGGAAUCUACUUCAGUCUAAGUUUUCCUAUAAGCAGCGUUUUACUGACAUGUCCUGUUCCAUAUUUAUUUACUCUCUUUAAUUUCAUGCACAUUCCAAAACAUUGUAAUUCAUUAACACUGCUUAAUGCUUUUUGCAUAGCUGACAAAGAAAACAAAAUAAAUGCCAAGAAGACUAUUUUCUGAAAUGGAAUAACACCACAUAGAGCCCAACAAUCAUUUUUGUAUCUUUUGAUAUUUUUUAUGAAUAUGCUGUGUUGUAGGUAUCCUAUAGGCCCAAGAUUCUUAUUGUUACAUUCCACAAAACAACAAGCAAGUCAGCUAAACCUAAUAUAGCUAUAGCAAUGUGAAUUUGUGAAGUUUACAGUUCUAUAGUAGAAAGAUCAAGUGUGUGUAGUUAUCUUUUAGAACAGUUUGUGGUAAUAUGUUUUGCAAAAUGGCAUCUAUAAAUAAACAAAGCAGCAUUA